AUGAUCGCAUACAUAAGAUUAUUUCUGAUUUUAUUACAUUAUACUUUUAUAUCGUCUGAAAUUACAAAUAACGAAUUGAAUGUGAAUGAUAUACUUCGAACAGACCUAAUGCCUACAUUUUUCAUUUCGAGUGAAAAUGUGGAGGUGCCCAAAAUGAGUAGUAAAAAAGAAUUUUUGCCGCCUACAAAUGGGUCCAUGGAUGCUGCUUUGAAUACGCUUAAUUUUCACAGAAAAAUGAUGAACGAGUAUCAAUGCAGAAAUUACGUUGCUGAACAAAUCUUAGAAGAAAUAGGUAAAAAUUCUAUGCAAAAUCGUCUCGGGAAACCUUUUGACGGAAGUCUGUUUAAUAAAAAUGUUUAUGCACCUCGUUCUCAAGACUAUAAAGGUUUGAAUGAUGUUGGAUCGGUUAAUUAUCAGGAGUGGCUUGCCAAAGUAUCAGCUCUUAACGAUAUUUACCAACAUUACAACAUGUCAAUAAAUCCACAUUUAAAUAGUACUCCAUCAAUUUAUCCUGAAAUUCAUGCAAACCCCAGAGAUGGUUAUGAAGUGUUCGAAUCGGGUGAAGCAUCUUAUGUAUAUCCUGAUAUGCAAGAUGUUUCUAAGCACAGCAGUGGUUACGAGUACUCCAUGCCGCCACCUCCACCUCCAGUAUACCAACAGGAACACGUUGAACAUCACGAAGAAUAUCAUGUGGAAAAAGAAUCCCAUGGGCUCACUAUAUCUGAUCUAUUUGAUAUCUCGCUUACGGGGAUUGCUUUUUUGUCUUUUGGCAUGUUCGUUCUACAAGUGCUCAUGUGUAUCACAAUGAAUGAUCAACAACCUCAAGUGAUGCAAAUGGUGGACAACGGGGACAACAUAAACGUCGACGAUGUAUUUCGCAUCAAACGUGAAACAGAACCCCUUAGAUCAUUGAAAUCAUUGAAUAGUAUAGCUAAAUAUGCAUUAAUGGCUUUAAGACCUCAGUCAACAAUAUGCCUCUACCGCACACUGUGUUUGGGAAACAAGCAUACACGAAAUUUGAAAAAUAAAGAGAGAUAUUGGUUGCCUUUGUUUCAUGCCAGUAUAGCUUGGACCCGUGGUGCCGCUUUAGGCGCUAUACGCGCAGCCGCGUUGGGGCUCGGAGGUGCUGAUUGUAAUAGGUUGUAUCCUAAGAGCCAGUGCAUAAAUGCACAGGAGUAUUAUAAUUAA